UGUCUGUUUCUUUGCCUUUGCCUGGAAAAUAUGGUUUCAGCUUCUCUAACUCCAAAGGAAGUUGAGUCCAACGAAAAGUGGACGCAAGGAGAGCCAUCUCGCCACGCCAGAUGGUGGUACUCAACUUUUCACUGUGUCACUGCCAUGAUAGGUGCGGGCGUUCUCAGUCUGCCCUAUGCCAUGGCUUAUUUAGGAUGGGGUCCAGGAACAAUGGUGUUGGCAAUAUCUUGGUUCAUGACGUUGAACACAAUGUGGCAAAUGAUACAACUGCAUGAAUGUGUUCCUGGGACACGCUUUGAUCGGUAUAUUGAUCUGGGUAGACAUGCUUUUGGACCAAAACUAGGGCCAUGGAUUGUGCUUCCUCAGCAGCUGAUAGUUCAAGUUGGGUGUGAUAUUGUUUACAUGGUGACUGGAGGCAAGUGUCUUAAGAAAUUCGUGGAAAUGGUCUGCAACAAUUGCACACCAAUUAGGCAGUCCUAUUGGAUUGUCAUAUUUGGUUCUCUCCAUUUUUUCCUCUCUCAGCUUCCCAAUUUCAAUUCUGUCGCUGGUGUUUCAUUAGCCGCAGCUGUCAUGUCACUAAGUUAUUCAACAAUAGCGUGGGUGGGUAGUUUGGCUCAUGGUAGAGUUGACAACGUUAGCUACGCCUACGCAUAUCAAAGCACAAGCUCAGUCGAUUACAUGUUUCGAGUGUUCAAUGCACUGGGACAAAUAUCAUUUGCGUUUGCGGGACAUGCAGUGGUGCUUGAAAUUCAGGCCACAAUGCCAUCAACUCCUGAUAAACCUUCAAGAAUACCCAUGUGGAAAGGAGCAGUCGGUGCCUAUUUUGUUAAUGCAAUCUGUUAUUUCCCGGUAGCCCUUAUAGGCUACUGGGCGUUUGGGCAAGAGGUUGAAGAUAAUGUGCUAAUGAACCUUAAAAGACCAGAGUGGCUUAUCGCUGCUGCAAACCUAAUGGUGGUCGUCCAUGUCAUUGGCAGCUAUCAGGUUUUCGCUAUGCCUGUUUUCGACAUGCUGGAGAGGAUGAUGAUGAAAAAACUGAACUUUCCACCAGGACUUUUACUUAGAAUCGUUGCUCGAUCUGCUUACGUAGCGAUUACGCUAUUUGUUGGAGUGACCUUUCCAUUCUUCGGAGAUCUUCUGGGUUUCUUUGGGGGAUUUGGUUUUGCUCCCACUUCAUAUUUCCUGCCUAGCAUCAUGUGGCUGGUAAUCAAGAAACCAAAAAGAUUCAGCACCAAAUGGUUCAUCAAUUGGGCCAGCAUAGUGGUUGGAGUGUUCAUAAUGUUGGCAUCAACAAUUGGAGGGUUUCGAAAUAUUGUCACAGAUGCUUCCACUUAUGAUUUCUAUACAUAAGUUGAUUAAUAAAUAUUUUGUACUUGUAGUUCUACAUUGUUUUCCUAUGUCCAGUCUACGUUUGAAGAAUCAAAUAUUAUUAUCCAAAGCAAGCCCAAUGUUUUCCACCUCGCUUUUGGCUUGUAAAUCAGUUUAUGUCAAACUCAGUCAAUGCACAUUCUUAAUCAACUGUUAAAAUAUUACUA